AUGAAGCUCCUCGCCCUGCUCAGUGCCGCCGCGGCCGUCAUGCCGCUCGCUUUCUCCGCACCCUCUCCUGCAGACCUGAAGCAGAAGCGCACUGUGUUGUUCCUUGGCGAUUAUGAGCAUAACCCGGAAAGAGCCGACGCAGACACGGUCCUCUUUCUGGGAGACUAUGAACGCAACCCCGACCAGGACAUAGAAGCGAACACCGUCCUUUUCCUCGGUGAUUACGAGAAGAACCCGGACGAUAUUAAGGCAGACACUGUUCUCUUUCUGGGAGACUAUGAGAAAAGCCCGGAUGCUUAG